AUGUCCACUCAUCAGCUGCUGGCUACGAAAACUACUAUAUCUUCUGAUACAAAGACAGGUCUUACGACAGAACAAUCGCAGAAAUUGAUUCAAACGAUGUUGACCAUGUCGUUUGGGUGCUUGGCAUUUCUGAGAGGACUGUUUCCCGAUGAAAGCUUUGUCGAUCAACGGUUUGUACCGGAGAAAGUGGAAAAGAACUACAAGAAGUGUAAUGGGUCGCAGGGAAACUCUAUUAAAAUAAAGACAUUAGUACGUGGAAGAUCCAGUGAGGUUGAUUUGUUGUUGAACUGGUUGGAGAAGGGAGUUUUCCAGUCGAUCAAAUUGAAAUAUCUAAAAGCCUUAAGUCUGGGGAUCUUCUUGAAUGAGGACGAUCCAACCGAUCUUCUCGAGAAUUACACCUUUACGUUUGAGUAUGGAAGUGGCGAUAAUUUUAGGAUGAAGAUUGGGAGCAGUGAACACGACGAGGCUGAAAGUAUCUCAUUGUUGGACUCGAGAAAGAUGGCCCAACAGCUAAUGAGGCGGUUUAUUAUCAUUACUCAAUCUUUAGAACCUUUGCCUCAGAAGAAAUUUCUCACACUGAGACUUAUGUUCAAUGAAAAUGCACCUACAAGCUAUCAACCGCACUUGUUCAAAGAUGCCACUUACGACAAGCCUGCGGUGGUGAAAGUCCCACAAUCGACUGAUUCAGAUAGUUUCACAGUCGGUUCAUUGGAUACUAAGCACCACAAAAUAUCUCUGAAAGUUCUUUCGUCAGCAGAGUACGAUACCAAUAUGGAUCCCAGUGAGUUUCUCGACAUAGAUCCAUUUGACCUUAUUGACCAGGAGCCUAAACAAAUUCCUAGCGAUGAAGGGGAGAAUAACCGGUAUGUCAACAGUCAAACGACAAAUAUUCUCGGUGACUUACUCAAGUCAUCUCAACCAAACGUACAACCUACUCAGGCGGUUAGGACAAAUGCCGAGGUCGUAUGCGAAUGCGGUCAGAACUGUCCUCCAGGAUCUACGAGUUUCAGAACCUGCAGAGAAUGUAGAAAACAAGUUCAUGGGAUCUGCUAUGGGAACUCGAAUAGGGUGCAAAAGUGUCUGACCUGCCUUUAUGGACCGGAGUUGGAUACAGAGAGCGUUGAUUUUAAGGACCUGAUGAUGCUGAGAAAAUGCUACAGAUUCAUUGCUCGUACUCGUAAUCGUUCAUUUCCUUCAUCUGUUAGUUUCUUUUUCAGCCAAUUAUUGGGCAAUGUUGAAAUUGACAAAGAGAUUGAAGAGAGAAUAGCCUUUUGCAUUUCCACUUUAUUCCGAGACGAAGUUUUGGCAAUCAAUAAUGGAAACAGAGCAAGCGCUAGUCAAACGAAUAAGUCGUCAUCGAGUUCAGUAAUUAACGACUGGCCCGGUAUCAAGACUCCCAAUCAAGGUGAGCUUCAGCAAAAUCGAGAAUAUGUGUGGUCAUUUUGUUACAAUUCUCCAAAUGCUCAUCAAUGCUACAUCGACGUUUUGGCGGUCUCAAGAGGUCAAAUCAAUGCAUGGUUGAGCGACAUGAGGGAAAUGAAGAACGAUGGCCUAGGAUCAUUACCUUCGUCUUGCGAUAUCCAGUCGCUUGAUAUCACUGACACAAUGACGCAGGAAAGAUCACCAUUGGGACAAAAGAGGAAACAUGUCAAUCUCGACCAAUAUUUGAAUGAACCAAGCAGUUCAAUCGCUAAUGACACAAUGGACAUGCGCAAUGUCGGUGCAUUCGAAACUCCAAAGAAAAUAAGGAAAAUCAGUGUAUCCAAAAAAUCAUUGAGAAGUGCAUGGUGA